GUCCCCAGGUUUCCCCAGUCUAGGGGACUCACCGCGGGGACGCUGCUAUGGACGACAUUUUUACUCAGUGCCGGGAGGGCAACGCGGUUGCCGUUCGCCUGUGGCUGGACAACACGGAGAACGACCUCAACCAGGGGCAGAGGCUGCAGAGAGCUUUCUAGCCUCAGUGAACUGCAUGGACAAAACCUAGGAGGCGGGAUAGAGCGGAGUGCCCUGAAAUUGUCCGGAGUUCCAUAUGGCUGGAGGAUAGAAGAUCGCUGUGGGCUUCUGUGGGCUGAAGCAUUGAGUACAAGUGGAGAACGACAGGAGAUAAGUCUGGAAAAGUCUGCAGGAGUCAGCCAGAUCAUGCAAGGAUAUUUAGGUUAUAAUAAGGGACGAUCAUGGCUUCUCUCCCUUGCACUGGGCCUGCCGAGAGGGCCGCUCUGCUGUGGUUGAGAUGCUGAUCAUGCGGGGUGCUCGAAUCAAUGUGAUGAACCGUGGGGAUGACACCCCCCUGCACCUGGCAGCCAGUCAUGGACACCGUGAUAUUGUACAGAAGCUGCUGCAGUACAAAGCUGACAUCAAUGCAGUGAAUGAGCAUGGGAACGUGCCCCUGCACUAUGCCUGUUUUUGGGGCCAAGAUCAGGUGGCAGAGGACUUGGUGGCUAAUGGGGCCCUUGUCAGCAUCUGUAACAAGUAUGGAGAGAUGCCUGUGGACAAAGCCAAAGCACCCCUGAGAGAGCUUCUCCGAGAACGGGCAGAGAAGAUGGGCCAGAAUCUCAACCGUAUUCCAUACAAGGACACAUUCUGGAAGGGGACCACACGCACUCGACCCCGAAAUGGGACUCUGAACAAACACUCCGGCAUUGACUUCAAACAGCUCAACUUCCUGGCGAAGCUCAACGAGAAUCACUCUGGAGAGCUAUGGAAGGGCCGCUGGCAGGGCAAUGACAUCGUUGUGAAGGUGCUGAAGGUUCGAGACUGGAGUACAAGGAAGAGCAGGGACUUCAACGAGGAAUGUCCCCGGCUCAGGAUUUUCUCGCAUCCAAAUGUGCUCCCAGUGCUAGGUGCCUGUCAGUCUCCACCUGCUCCUCACCCAACCCUCAUCACACACUGGAUGCCAUAUGGAUCCCUGUACAAUGUACUACAUGAAGGCACCAAUUUUGUCGUGGACCAGAGCCAGGCUGUGAAGUUUGCAUUGGACAUGGCAAGGGGCAUGGCCUUCCUACACACACUAGAGCCCCUCAUCCCACGACAUGCACUCAAUAGUCGUAGUGUGAUGAUUGAUGAGGACAUGACUGCCCGAAUCAGCAUGGCCGACGUGAAGUUCUCCUUCCAAUGCCCUGGGCGUAUGUAUGCACCUGCCUGGGUAGCCCCUGAAGCUCUGCAGAAGAAGCCUGAAGACACAAACAGACGCUCAGCAGACAUGUGGAGUUUUGCAGUGCUUCUCUGGGAACUGGUGACACGGGAGGUACCCUUUGCUGACCUCUCCAACAUGGAGAUUGGAAUGAAGGUGGCACUGGAAGGCCUUCGACCUACCAUCCCACCAGGCAUUUCCCCCCAUGUAUGUAAGCUCAUGAAGAUCUGCAUGAACGAAGACCCUGCUAAGCGACCCAAGUUUGACAUGAUUGUGCCUAUCCUGGAAAAGAUGCAGGACAAGUAGGGCUGGAAAGUCUCUGCCUAAACUCCAGAGGUGUCAGGACACGGUUAGGGGAGUGUGCCUCCCCAGAGCUACAGGCCUCUGGUUGCCUUCCCUGCCUCCAGUCAUGGUACUACCCCAGUCAUGGGGCCCAUCCCCUGCCCCCAUCCCUACCACUGUGGCCCCAAAAGGGGCUGGGCUCAGAGCUUUGUCACUUGCCACACGGUGUCUCCCAGCAUGGGAGGGAUCAGCCCUGCCUGUCACAAUAAAGUUUAUUAUGAAAACA